AUGUCGUUGCUUGCCUGGUUCCGAGGAAUUGGGGGUGACAAAGUGGACAGUCAAGAUGAUGCUGCAACCCUCGCCAUGCAACAACAACAACAACAACAACAACAACAACAACAAGAUGAAAAAGAAGGAGAAGUUCUAACCCAGUCUGGUCAAAAAGAGAAUAAUAACCUUGACGAAUCCUUAACUACGAAAAGUAAUAAGCGGUCUCGCAAUCCUUAUCCUGAAGAUGCUGGCGACAAUAAACGAAUUCGGAAAACCACGCGAUUACAAUCUCGAUACAGAGAAUCAGCACUUACAAACGACCAAGAUGAUCAGCAAUUGGGAUUCGACGUUAUCUUAAAGGAAAUCUUAAAGCAACAGAGCUCAGUAAUGGUCGAGAAAUCUUUCAAGGAAAAAGACGCCAACAACGAAAACAGUUUGAAUUAUGGUGCCUGGAAUUGUGACGAUGCCACCAUCGAGUGCCUCAAAAAAUUCAACUCCCAAACCCUUGAAACUACUGCUGGUGAUGUGAAUUAUGUAAAGUCAGUGAUCCUUAAAAAGAUCACCAGGGACCUGGUACCCGAUGUCAGCUCACGGAUCCCAUUUAUUAAACCAGUUGUUGGGUUGUAUGACCCUAGUCAAAAGGUAAACCAACUUCCUAACUCCUUACUGGCAAAAUAUAACCAAGUAUACGCUUUUCUUGAACAUAGUGUAAUUAAUGGUGCUUCAUCUUCGUGUCUUUUAAUUGGAGCCAAAAAAUCUGGGAAAAAGUUGACGUUAGAAAACGCAUUGACGAGUCUAAACGAUAAAUACAAUUCCGGAAGCAACAAAACGUUUAUGACUAUUAGACUUAAUGGCUCGUUACAAACUGAUGAUAAAUCUGCGGUUCGUGAGAUUGCUAGACAAUUAGAUGUGAAUCUACGGAACUUGGGGAAAUCUACUGGUCAAUUUCUGGAAUUUUACAAAGAGGAUGAUGGACCUGGUUAUGAUGAAUAUGACGAUGACGAUGCAAGUGAUGGAGAACAAGAAAAUAAUGACAAGAGAUUCGAGAAAAGAUCGAUUAAUGAGACUUUUUCUGCAAUUUUAUCGAGUUUAGAACAGAUUAGUGUUGGUGAUAAACAAGGCAAAGCGGUGGCAUUGGUAUUUGUUAUUGAUGAAUUUGAAAAGUUUGCUACCCAUAAUCGCCAAACUUUACUCUACAAUUUGUUUGAUUUGGCAAGUAGUAAUCAUACAAUUCCCAUCAGCGUGGUGGGGCUAACCACUAAGGUCAAUGUCAAAGAACAAUUGGAGAAAAGAGUGAGCUCAAGAUUCUCACAACGAAUCAUCAAUUUUUUUGGUCAUUUUGGCCCCAAGGAUAUUGGGGAUCGUAACGUUUUAAUGAAUUUCCAUACGGAUUCUGAAGCGGAAUUUUUCUGGUUUGAUUUGCGAUAUAAUUUAUGUUUGAGUUUUGAAGAGAUCAACAAUCUGAAAUUGGUCAACAAGAAAUAUGGUCUUGUUUGGAAUGAUUACAUGAAUGCGUUGUUUUAUCACCAAAAUUUCGGGAAGAAUUUCAAAGAAUUGGUGCUCAAAAACUUUAUUACUGUCAAGAAUCAUGGAGAACUAUUGAAAUCGUGCGUUUACCCCAUCACCAAGAUCAAUAACGGUGUCGCAGCUUUCCCAUUGGACCUGGGUUUUGCCAAAUAUAACCUGGUGAAUAAUUUUCAAGAAUUCGAUGCCUCGAACAAUAUUCUCAAAGGUCUUUUCAACGAAUCGAUGUCGGACCUCCAAUUGUUUAUGGUGAUUUGUGCAGCCAGGGUGACUUUGAAACUCGAUUUGAAUUUUGUGAAUUUCAACUUGUGUUACGAAGAGUAUGUAAAGCUUUCCAAAGCUAUCAAUGACCUGCGGAAAACAAAAGUCUUAGACGGUACCGGGAAGUCUAUUGCCAACGCCGGCCCAAUUGGGUUUAGAAUCUGGAGCAAGAAAGCCUGUCGUGCGACCUGGGAGAAGUUGGAAGAGCUAGGGUUGAUUAUUGCACCAUCUGGCCAGGUGAGAUUAAAUAACAGAAGGGGCAAAGGGGCCAAUAAUAGCAAUGCGGUGGAUAAUUACGAUACGCGGGCGUUCCAGUUGGAGGUUGAUAUGCGAGACUUACAAGGGUUGGUAGCCAAAGACAAUAUGUUACGGAGGUACGCGAGAGUGUGA